AUGAGAAAGUACGGUGUUAAACCUAAGAGCGACACUUGGGGGAGACCUUGGGGUGCCUCUUACAAUCUUAAUUUGACUAGGCCCAUUCUUUUACACAAUAUCACGAGCCGUGUUUUGCUUAAUCGUGUACAAGAGAACUCGCGGAGAGUGAAUCGUAGGGAUGAGGGAGAAUGGUCUGGUAGAGAUGAUAUUGGCUUGUCUUGUCGAGGCCGGUACGAGCAGCCGCUUCCUGUAAGGGGUCAACCACCACAGUCACCGCAUCGCAGUAGCUAUCGAUCACGCGUCGACUCAACGCGGAUUGGCGCCUCGGAUCUCCCGGAGGAGUUUGCAGAAGUCUUGAUUGGUGUUUUACAACGCCUCCACGAGGAUGAGGCAGUUAAUACUGGCGCCAAGUUGUUUUCAUUUUCAGAGCGAAGUGCUACGAAAGCUGACCUCGGGUGGCCUUCACCGGUGACGGCUGCAGAGGCAGCGUCAGAUACUUUUUCCAGCAUUUCUGCUGGGCCUAUUGGCGGUGAGGGUCGACACCUUCCCUGCAAAUUUGUGAGCACAUCCCCAGAUGACGGUUCUGAAGCGCUGAUGCGCGCUAAAAAUGCUUCUGUGGAAAGACAGACAUUGAUGGGAGUUGAUUCCUUAAGUUUAGCAUCGGACUUGGGCGAUUUAGCGUAUUUGAUCGAGUUGGGGUGGACGGGGGCAAUAUCCACUGAAGACGCUCAGGAUCUUCCUUCGGGGGAUAUGAGCCAAUUACCUAUGGUGAAAUCCGCACCAUCGUAUCCCUUUCCCACGCAAAGCGUAUCAUCAGGCGCACUUUCCAAGGAUAUCCACCAUACAAGCAACCCUUCCCGUGACGUUCGUUAUCUUCUAACACUCGGAACUCAACCGAAUUCUGGCCACCACGAUCAGCCGUGUUCCGCCUUGGUUCAGGCGACAGCUCCCGCCCUUCAAGCUGCGACAGAAUUGCUUCUUCGUGGACUUGAUGUUAAGGCGCUACUGCGAGGUGGGACUCUCGAUGGAAUUCGCAUUGCACAUAAGUGUCUUAGUCAGGCCGAUUUUUCGUUUAUUCAAUGGCGUCAGGUUCACGUGGAGGGGUGCGACUUGUCUCGUGGACUGUUUUACGGAGCUAUUUUUGGGGAGGAGGUUAGCUUUACGCGGUGUAAUUUUGAAGGAAGUAUUCUCAAGGGCGUGAUGAUUCAUGGGAAUGUUCAAUUUACUGACUGUAGUUUCCGGCUCGCGUCGCUUGGUCUCAUUUAUAAAUCCCAUUUGAAUGAGGACACUGAUUGCACCAAUAAAGGGAGCUCAUUGUCAUCAUACAGACGUUCGGGGAAGACCAGGCGGACUGAUCUACGUUUUGACCGAUGUGAUUUCGACUUGGCUAGCUUUGAAGGUAGUAUUGGACUCAAUGAUUCGCGUAUCUUUGCUAACUGCUUUAACGAGCAAAACUCAUACAAAUAUCCACUACACACAUCAACAAGUGGUUGA